AUGCCUUCAUCCCCCGACGAAGACGCUCGUGACGCUGGCGCCGACGGUGUGGUCCAUGUUGGGCUUGCCCCGGCGCCCUUGAACCGGUACCCUUCUCUUGUCGAAUCUGCCGUCUCACAACCUUUCCCUCUCCCAUCCGGUCCUUCUCCAAGUCUACCAACCCCACACCAAGAGCAUCAGCUGGAUCUCAGUCUCAACUUUGCGGGAAGUGCUCUCCCUUCCACAAAUGUGUCCCUUCCCACACCAUCCAUCAUCAAAGCUGGACACAAUCUACGGCUUCCCUCGUUCGAGCUGUUAGGUAUUGCUGCUCCGCAUCCCGACCGCAUUCCGCUUCGCCAGACCCACUCCUUCUCUUCACUGGGCGCUGGGCCUUUGUCGAAGCCAGAGGACCCUCUUCAUGCGCUGAGCCCGGCGCUGAGUCGGGCUCAGUUGGUUGGGGCGGACGGCACACCUUCGACGGCGAAUCCGGAGACCCUCAAAGCGCAAGUCGUGGGCCUGAUCCCUACCGUCACUCCUCCCACAGAACCCGGCACGUUCAAUUGGGGAUCUAUCGUGAAGGUCAAGACUACUGCCAUCGGCUCACCGCCAAGCUCUGAUCCCGGGGUUUCCCCGAACAUGACCUUCGCUGUCAACGCCUCUUCAGCAGCCCCAACUCCGAAUUCCAUGCCACUACCUUCCCGGCCUGCAAUCACUAAGUUUGGCGACACCACGAACAUGGUGGAAUGGGUGGAGUCGGCACAGGAGGCUCUCACGUCUGAGUUCGAGUCCUGGAACCUCGAAUCUGUCAAAUUGCUCUCACACGCGCUUCCUUGCCCGUCGCUAACAGGUCACAUAUUUGCGCAGGUCAUUGCCUCUGUGCAUGAGAAAACCAAUACACCAACAGCUUGGGUCAAUGUAUUCCACGCAGUUCCUGGCCGUUUUACUCUCUCUGACUUACCAAAAUCUCCGCCCUCCACGCCAGGAACUGUUGUUGGCGGGGACGAAUACUUCACCAGCAAAAUUUUUGACAGCGCGGUUGCCGUACCAGACUACCAGCUGGAUUCCAAACUUCUCCCACCAUCUCCACGUCCCGUAGUACCGCCGGGCUCAGUGAACAUCUCAAUUGUGGAGCGUUAUAUUCCACCGACCAAUAUUAACGAGUUUGCAGAGAUAUUCACCGUCAAUGGCCGUUCACUCCUCUACGACCGUCUCAUCGAGCUCUCACCGCACAACGGUACACUUCUAUUUGUCUACCCAACGAAAACUGGCGCAAGAACCUUCAUGAAUGAGUACCUUGGUCCUGUUCUCGACCCCCUUCUCCGAACAAUCACAGUCGUUCACGAGCUCUCCUCCGAUCUUGGCAAAACUCUUGGGACUAUGACCUCAGUCGAGCGCCUGUCCGAAUAUGAAGCCCUGCACGCUGCCAUUGGGCGCUUCUGUGAUGAGCUGAGCAAUGGGAAGGCCAGUUUGCAUCCGAGUAGUAAUCAGAUCUCGAAAUACUCGCUGAUCCAUGCUGCGAAAGAGGAGAUGCUGCUUGGUAGAUCAACUUGGGCUGAGGACUGGUGGAUCAAACAGGAGAAGCCUCGAGUGCGAGAGGUGGUCGCUAAGUUUCUUCGCAAGGCGAAGAAGCUCCCGGGGGAGUGUGAAAUCACGCCGACGAAUCUGAUCAGCGAGGUCUUGGAUGGGGUCGCCCAUAGGGAGUACGAGGGAUCUGGCCCCUCCAGGGGAGUUGAGGUGGGAGUGUUCGUAAUCAAGAAAUCUUCCUAA